UCUGUUCAUUACUUCUCCCAAUCUAUCGGUAUCCAAUUUGCUUUAGGAUAAUAAUAACCCUAUUUGGUCUAGUCUCAUCAAUUGCUUUCUGGUAUAUCAAUGGCAAAGUCACCAAGUCACCAGUUACCACUAGCAUUAUCCAGUGAAAAAUGGACAAACAGGUGGUGGAAUAAGUUACUAGUAUUAGCUUGUAAUGAUUUCUUCUAUGAACACACGAAGCAGAUAAUGAUUUCGUGGCCAAUGAUUGUUCUGUCGGGUAACUUCUUAUUCACCAAUCUUGUAUCCAUCAUGUUCGCUGGUCACCUUGGCAAACUUGAACUUGCUGCCUCAAGUCUUGCUAAUUCCUGGGCUACGGUCACUGGUUUCUCUUUCAUGUUUGGAUUAAGUGGCGCACUUGAGACAUUAUGCAGCCAAGCGUAUAAAGCAAGAAGGUACAAGAUGCUGGCGAUACAUCUGCAGACAUCAUGUAUCAUAUCAUUCUUCUCUUCAAUUGUGAUUGCUGUUAUCUGGUGGUAUUCCGAUACAAUUCUGAUUAAUUUCUUUCAUCAAGAUCGUGACAUAGCUAAAGAAGCAGGGGUGUUCCUGAAAUUUCUUAUACCUGGAUUGUUUGCAUAUGGUGUUUUGCAAAAUGUUUUGAGAUUUCUUCGAGCACAGUCAAUUCUCGAGUCUAUAGUUGGGAUUCCAUGGGCGUCUUUCGUUAUCCACAUUUGUAUUAUUCCGAAUGCCUUGGUUCAUUGGAUAGGUCUUGGUUUUAAAGGAGCAUCAUUAGCAACAUCUAUUUCGAUCUGGAUUUCACUCCUCAUGAUGGGUCUAUACCUGUUUUUCUCGAAUAGAUGCAACCAUAUCGUCUGGGAUGGUUUCUCAUUCGAGCCAUUUCAUCAUAUCCUUACAUACUUGAAGCUGGCUUUGCCCUCUGCUGCCAUAGUCUGUUUGGAGUACUGCGCUUUUGAGAUUCUCGUGUUAUUGGCUGGUUUGAUGCCAAACCCGGAAACAACUACUUCCAUAAUUGCAAUGAGUGUAAAUACCGAAGCCAUCGUCCACCUAAUAUUUUCCGGUGCAUGCGUAGCUACAAGCACCAGAGUUGCAAACGAGUUAGGAGCUGGAAAUCCGGACAGAGUUAAACAUGUUGUGUCUGUUACUCUCGUGAAAUCUAUUAUUAUAGGUCUUGCUAUUUGGUUGACUCUAUUGUAUUAUCAUAUUACCUGGGCUGGCCUCUUCAGUGAUAGAGCAGAGAUAAUUAACAAAUUUGCCUCCAUGACACCUCUUCUUUUAAUAUCCAAUAUAUUCGAUAUCUCUCAAGGAAUUUUAUCAGGGGUGGCUAGAGGAUUGGGGUGGCAGCGUUGUGCUAUGUGCAUCAACUUGGGAACAUUAUAUUUCAUCGGCAUGCCAAUAGCAUGCCUCAUUGCUUUCAAGUUCAACCUACAGACUCAGGGUUUAUGGAUUGGCUUGAUAUGUGCUCUAGGUUGCCAAGCGUCUGGCUCAUUGCUACUGAUAUUGUUAACCAGAUGGAAAAAAGUAGAGGGCUCAAAAAAUAGCAAUAGAGAAACUGAACUUCUAGCUUAAU